CACCCUGAUGAGUUGAACAAGAAAGUAAAGAUAGGAGAUAGCUCAAAAUAAAUCUUUUGAUAAAUAAAGAAGAGAAUUAAAAAAGUUCAGUUGUGGUGCUUCAAACGCUCGUUUCUUGGUAUACUGGACGAAAGUUCUGUACGUCAGAACCACACUAGCGUAACUCCAAAUUUUUCGAUAUUCUGGUUUUGAGCAUUCUGUAUAUAUUUUUUUCUGCUUUAUAAAGCCAUAACAAUGUAACUCCUUAAAAAAAAACCUAGCAGGAAAUAGGAGUGUUUGAAAUAGCUUAAUUCCAAAGGGAUGUAAGAACCAGAACAGCGUAAGGUCACUUAAUAUGUUAUGGUCCUCACAAAAAUUUAAAAAGUACAGAGCGUAACUCCAGCUGGGGAGUUACGCUACUCUGGCUCAACUUUAUUGUUGCUAGAAUGGUUGAUACAAACAGCUGUUUUAUUUUCUAGAGUAGUUGUGCAUGUCUCAGCUGAUUGGUCGAAUGUGAAAUUUACAUGAAUUGAUGCCCUAACCUAAACUUAUAGUUUCAUCAACAUGAGCAGCAGAGCGAAACUUAUUUUACAAUUAGCUUUGGAGGACAAUGUAAAUAAUUCUCAGCAAUUACUAUUAUUACCAGAACAAACUACUAAAGAAAACAAUGAAACAAACGUCUUAAGCUUGUCUUCGAUGGACACAAAUCCUGCACCCUCAUUGACAUCAUUACAGGCAGUUGAUCCGUUUGUUCUUCUCAACAAUGAAAAUGAAUAUAUAAUGGAAGUCGAAUCAGAAAGUAAUAAAGAAUUCGCUACUGAUGAAAAUAUUGUUUGGAAUGAUGGUAUUACCAACCAGGAUUUUCAGUCAUAUGAUAUCUCCUUUUCAUCGCAAGGUAAGUGUUCAUCAAGAAUGUUUUAAACUCACUACUAUAAAAGACUGCAGUAUAAUAAGCGACCACCCGUCGAAUACCAGUAUAUCGAUAGUCAAUAUCGAAACUAUUGAGUACAUAAACAUUCGAAUUAUAAAUAUUUAAAAUUAAUAACAUUGUCAUCUGUUAUUAUUUUAGAUAUUACAGCUGAAUUAGACUGUGAAUUGAAAUAACUAUGAUGUAAUUACCGGUAGGAUAUUUUGGUUGUGGUAGAUAAUCACGAAUAUCGAUACUACGAUUAUAUGAAUAGUCGAUAUACUGUUAAUCGACUCAUGGUCAUUUAUUAUAUUGCAGCCCUAUAAAACCAUUCACCAUGAUGGGAAAGUUUUGUAAAUUAUAGUAGACUUGUUUUUUGUCAUACUACACAAAUAAUAGCUAUUUGUAUACUUAAGCU